AUGAAGAAUAGCAGUUUAAGAAUACAGUUAAAAUGCAUUUACACCUUCUUGCUUGGAUCUGCAGUUGCCAGCUUUGACUCUAUAGGUGUUCAAGCACCAGUUACAUUCAAAUGGACAGAAGUAGAGACUCCUGCCACUCCGAAGCCGACAGAAGCUUGGGAAAGACAUGUCAACUCGCAAGGAAUCACAAACUGGGAAGAGCAUUUAAGAUCACAAGGCAUUGACCCACAAUCUCAUCACACGCAGCAAAAUUCCGAAGACCAAUGGUACAAUCCGAUGCUAGAAUGCAAACAAGGGUUGGCAUUCAACGGAGAUACAGCUCCCACUCCACAAGGGAAAAUGAGAUACAUGGCUACCCCUAGCUAUCCCUCAAGAACUCUGGGUGUAUUCAAAUGCAAGUGGACAAUUCAGAGGGGCGAAGGUCCUCUAAUAAAGCUCAUUUUCAACUCAAUCGACUUCGAGUGCAACGGGCUCAACCCAAAAGUCAAAUCAUGGGGAACGGCGAAUCACGUGCAAAUUACCGACAAAGGGAACGUAAAGACAAUUUAUUGCGGCAAAAAACAAGAGGAAUCAUAUUACACCAACUCUGACGAAAUCGAUGUUGAGAUUCAGGUCAAUACUGCUGGAUUCGGCAAGCGAGGAUCAAGAGUCCAAAUAAUCUACCAAACUGUAAAAGCCAAAGGACGCCCCAUUAUCCGUCAACCAAAUCAGCAAUCCGUAAAGGCAAAAACUACACCGGCAGGACCGAUCGGAGGUUUUACGCUAGCUCCCGCCCCAACGUUACCUCCGGUCAUGGCUAGCAGUAACAACGUCGCUUCACGAAAACCGCUAGUCAAUCAAAACUCGGGAACCUGGAAUCGUGCCGCAAUCGUCCCCUCUACUAAUCAAAUUCAUCCGAAUCAACAGCCAAAUCAACCACCGGGGAGUGUUCACUUCAUUCCCAAAAACCAUAACAACGGUGCUUUUUACCCGCAGCUAAAUACCAACCAAUACAUCAACUAUGCGGAUUAUCAUACAACAACCCCGCUUCCGGGCGGCAACGCGAAAGUUGCCGCUACUUCAACUGAAGCAUCCGAAAUAACGAAAGGAGGUUUGGGUAUCGCCAUCGGUGGAAUAAUCGUACUGCUGGUGAUAGGAGCAGUCUUGUUGGCAAUUCGAAAAGUAAAACAGAAGGUUGAGGAAUGGCGAAGACCAAAAGAACACUCGCCUGUGGGCACUGUGCCUAACGUAGUCACUUUUGUCAACGAGCUCGUCGAUGAGAGCAAUAAAAAGACGGUCUCUCAAGAACCACUUCGCAGUAAAACUUCUGAGCAAUGA